AAGUUUUUUUAGAGGUAGGGGAGACCGGGGUAAAAAUAGUCAAUUUGCGUAAAUCCUUAUCUGCAGGAUUCCCCAAGGGCAAGAAAAUUUCCUCGAUAGGUCAUUCUUAUAGGAAAUUUCCUGGCCUACAACUUUGUCUCAGACCACUUUUCUCUAUCUUCACGGGAAAUAUGAGUUUUCGGGCUUUUCCUAAACCCUUCCGCUUCUGACUUUUUUUAGACGCGGCGGGUAAAUAUAGUCACCAGUUGGAUAAAUAAAGUCGGUUGAAUUUUCCGGCAUUUCCAAUGAUUUUCCACCUGAGAGAUUGAUAAUAGUUGAUAGCUAAACUUCUCACCUUUUGAUCCGCGACAAGGAAUUUCACUUUUAUACGCACUAAAACAAAGAAUUUUGCGAUUUUCUCAAUCACGUCAUUUUGCAACAAAUGGAUGGAAAAUAUGCCAAAAAUUUCGAUCUCCCAUAUGAUUUACAUGGGAUGACUAGAUCUACCCCAAGGGGUAUGUUUUGAUUCAAAAAAUUGUAGAGAAAAAUCAUUAAAAGUUAAUGAAAAAUACACCUUGGCAACGUUUUCUGCACUAACCCAGGUAGUGAGAAAAAUUAUCUGAUGGGAAAACUGCUGAAGGAAAUGUUCGGAAAACGCGUUUUUCUCAAUACGCAAAAGUUUGGGAAAUGGGCCAAAAAUCUAUUUUCAUUUUUAACUCCUAAAGUACUGAUCGGAUAACCUCCAAAUUACUGUCAAAAAUUAUAGGUUGGUAGGGCUUUGCACCCUAAUUUUUUCCGAUUUUUCCGAUUUAUAUUUUGGGAGAAAUUGGCAUUUGAAAAUUCCAAAAUGACUAUUUUUACCCCGGUCUCCCCUAAAUUGUAUUUUUAAAUCAUAAGAAAUUUUGAGGUUUUUCAUAAAUUAAAAAACUAAAAAUGAUCAAAUUAUUAUUAUUUUUUGAGCACUAGUCGACUUUGAGUCGACUUGAGAUCGACUACGACGACUUACGACUAGUCGACAAAAUUGAUCAACGACGACGACUCAAGAAAAUCCAUCGACUAGUCACUAGUCGCGACUUCAACUCGACUAACUUCGGUCUCUAAUUUGAAGUAUUUACUCAGGAAUAUUUAGUAAAGAUUUCUUUUAAAAGUAUUUUGAGUUUCCUUGGACUUGUCGUAGACUAUAGUCCAAAAUACGAAAAGGAGACAUAAUGAGCCUUAUUCAGCGACCAAGAAACCCUUGAAAUUCCCUUGAAAGCUUGAGAUUUCAGGAUCACAACUUUUCUUCUUACUCCGGGGAAAAGCAUCGUUUGCUGGUUGGAUUACUUUCAUCAUCAUCUCUCCUUGUCGGCUGUUAGUGACUCCAAAUGGCUCACAGACGGCUAGAAUCAUCCUUGCCUGGAAUUCUCGGAAUCUUCAAAGCGUCCAUAACCUCCUCGGUUUGAUGUUUCAAGUAACGCGAUAUUUCUUCUAUGUUUCACCUCGCAAAGAAACAUUUUGUGCUCUUGAAACACAAUCACAGGAAAAGUUUACAAAAUCUUCCUCAAAAUCUCCUGGCCAGAGCCUCCAAAUGAGCUUAAAUAUAGCAGCCAAUCGUCCACGGACAAGUAUCCUGGAUAAACCACUGUCACGUGGAAAAGGAGAAGUGUCCUUGAGUUGCUUUGCCCUGCUCUUCUCGGAGCUCGUUCAGUACUCCCAGAGUCGCGUCUACACGGUGGCUGAACUCCAGAAUCGCCUCCAUGAGCUGGGACAGGAUGUUGGGGUGCGCAUAAUUGAUUUGUACUUUGUACGCGAGAGGAAUUCAAAGCGGGAAACAAAGCUCAUCAAUGUGUUGCUGUUCAUAAAGACAACCUGCUGGAAGUGUCUCUUCGGACGGGAAGCGGAUAAGCUGGAGCAUGCCAAUGAUGAUGAGAGGACGUACUAUAUCAUUGAGAAGGAGCCACUUGUUAAUAAAUUCAUCAGUGUGCCCAAGGAUAAGGGUUCCCUGAACUGUGCCACCUUCACGGCGGGAAUUAUUGAAGCUGUCCUCACAAAUUGUGGCUUUCCCUGCAAGGUGUCUGCGCAUUGGCACAAAGGAACAACGUAUAUGGUCAAAUUUGAGGAUCACGUAAUUGCCAGGGAUAAGCAGCUGGAGGAGAAAUGAAUUCCACGUUUAUUAAUAUUCUCCAAUAUUUAUUCUCAUUCACUAAUUAUAAUAAAUUCCACAGAGGACACUGA